AUGGUAAAGGCACUACGCCUAGGACCAUGGUUUAUCUCAGGGAACUUUCUAUCAAUACGUAAAUGGGAACCAAAAUUCGUCCCACAAGAAGCCACACUCUCUACAACAGCCAUUUGGAUUCGCCUUCCACAACUUCCAAUGGAAUUCUAUGACAAAGAAAUUCUACAAAAAGUGGGCAGGAAACUGGGUAAGUUGUUGAAAAUAGACUCAUGCACCUCCUCCACCCUCAGGGGAAGGUAUGCUCGCAUAUGCAUUCAAGUACCCCUAGAAACCCCGAUAGAAACCUCAGUCAUAAUCGGAGACCACAAACAAGCAGUGAUCUAUAAAGUGGAAGGCACACUAUGUACGUCAUGUGGCAGAACCUCAAAGGGAUGCAACUACAGAAAGCCUCAACCUACUGUCCCAUCAGAAGCACCGAAAACUUCCGAAAAAAAUGUGGAACAAAGAGAAGAGAAUGAGUGGAAAACAGUCACCUUCCCAAAAAGGAAAAAACAAGGCCAACAAAAAUCAAAUGACAGGAAUGGAGCAGCAGCAAACAACCAACACCACUCAACGCAUGCUCAACAGAUCCAGGUAAACAUGUUCGAUGGAAAUUCAGGUAACCUAACAUAUGAUCCUAUGAUUUAUGAAUGCAUGUUGCUAAUGCAAAGGAUGGACAGGGUCGUGGUGAGGCACACGUACAAGGAGCAUAAUAGGGUGGCAGACCCAAUGGCAAAAGAGGCAGCAAAGCCAACUUUUUUGGGUAGAUCAAGCUUACUAGCAGUUCCUUCGAUGUUUGCAAAUGAUAUAUUUUGGGCAGACAUCCUAGGAACUGGAGUUGUUAGGAAUUUUCUGGCAUGUAAUAUUGAAACUGUAUCUCAAAACAUCGCACUGUUGGGGGAACUACAGUACCCUAGCAAUGACAGUACUCUUAAUGUACUUUUUGUUUAG